CACUCCCUCUGAGAGCCCUGUUGCACACCCAGCCAGGCAGGCCCUAUGGUAAAGGAACUUUCCGGGCUUGCUGGUUCGUGCCUGGAGACUGGGUAAAGCUAGAUAUAAUCUGGCUUCAGAGGAAGUGGCAAGAAGGGCCCCGAACAGCCCCAGGGGUGUUUGUGAUGUUGGGUGACCUCACGUCUGAGGAGAAAGAAAACUGAGAGGAUCAGCUAACGUGAGAUAAGAAGGAGGUGCAUCCAGAGACCUGGCAGCCCCUCAGGGUUGGCUGUCUGAGAUAAGGCUGGCCUUGUUAAUGGGGCCUCUGUUUUGUUUUCCUUAUUUUGAUGAACAGCCCUCUGAAGGCAGGAACUGCUUGAGUCAUCGUUCUUGGCACAUAGCAUGGAGUACAGCGUAAAGUGUGAUCAACAGGGCGUGGUGAGCUUGUGCUGGGGUCCCAUUGUGAGAGCAGUCUGGGCUCAGUGACCUCACCUGCUCCAGCUUUUGUUCCAUGGGGCUGGGGGAAGAAGGCAGUGGUAGGGGUCGUGCUCAGCCCUGGGUGGGCUGUUGCCACUGGGGAUGCCAGCCAAGGAAGAAUGGGGCUUUUGCAAUUAUUUUGCUGGCCUUUGGGGAGGGAGCGCUGGUUUAAGCACAAGAAAUGGAAUUUUAAAGACCCUCGAACUGUUUCAUGCUGAGCAGCCUGGGGCUGACCACAGAACCUGAAUGAGGUUCCAAUGGGCACAGUGGUGACUGUGCGUGUAGUCUUUUGGGAAAUACAGUUUGAGGGUCCUAGAGGUUGCUCUGAUUUUGCUGGAGUCUGGCUGAGAAUGGAGGGAGGGAUGCAAGAGGAGUGAAGUCUAUUUUACUCCAGGCUCUCAGGGGGAAAGAUGGGUCCUGCAGGGACUGGAAGCUCUUAAAAACUCAUAUCCUCCACUCUCCAGGCUGCAAGACUCUGUGUGUGCAUGUACAGAAAUCCGAGGUUCUUGAGCAACAGAUGGCAAGUGUUUAUUGAAAAGAAAAGGGAACUAGUAUUCUUGUAGCCUCUGUUCCUCUGUGCAUUGCUACAUCCCCAGCGCUUGCUGCAUAGUAAGAUUCCGAUAUUUGCUGAAUAAGUACAACCCUACUGAGUGAUAAAACUCUAGGAAUUAGAUUUUUACGCUCUUCACAAAUAUUCUAGUCCUAUCUGAAAUUGUGUAGGAUACAGUGUAGGAUUCUAAGAAGUUGAACCUGUGGUCAGCUGCUCUCUCACAGGGCCAGGCAGCUUGUAUUCCUCCAACCUGGACAAGGGAGAAGGUGCCUGGGGUCAUUGGGACCAGUCCUCCUAGGCCUGCUAGAGUCUGCUCCCACUGUUGCUCCUUAGGUGAUAAUAUCACCAGUCCUCUCAACAAGGCCAAGUAAGUGGUGAUCUGCCUCCGCCUCACACCACAGAUAAGGAAACUGAGUCCGCACAAGAACCUUCCCGGAGUGCCCCUGCCAGGCAGCGAUGCCAGGAUGCCUGUCUCUGCCUCCCUCCACCAAGACCAGGAGCGGCCAGUGAGCCUGACCUCCACCACCUCCUCGUCAGGCUCCUCCCGUGACAGCCACGGGGCCAUGGAAGAGCCCAGCGGCUCCGAGGCUUCCGCCGAGAAUGAGCGGGGCUCCCCACGUAGCCGGUGUCCCCCCAACGGCAACACCUCUAGUGGCUGGCGGAGCAUGAGGGGGUCCCUGUCCCCCUUCAGCAGCCGGGCGUCGGUGCACAAGCUCAGCUACCUGGGCCGAGUGGUGCGGGAAAUUGUGGAGACGGAGCGCACAUACGUGCAGGACCUGCGCAGCAUCGUGGAGGACUACCUCUUGAAGAUCAUUGAUACACCCGGGCUCCUGAACCCGGAGCAAGUCAGUGCCCUCUUUGGAAACAUAGAAAACAUCUACGCACUGAACAGCCAGCUCCUCAGAGACUUAGACAGCUGCAAUAGUGACCCUGUGGCUGUGGCCAGCUGCUUUGUGGAAAGGAGCCAAGAGUUUGAUAUCUACACCCAGUAUUGCAACAACUACCCUAACUCAGUGGCCGCCCUGACCGAGUGCAUGCAGGACAAGCAGCAGGCCAAGUUCUUUCGGGACCGUCAGGAGCUGCUGCAGCACUCGCUGCCCCUGGGCUCCUACCUCCUGAAGCCGGUCCAGCGCAUCCUCAAGUACCACCUGCUACUCCAGGAGAUCGCCAAACAUUUUGACGAGGAAGAGGAUGGCUUCGAGGUGGUGGAGGAUGCCAUUGACACCAUGACCUGCGUGGCCUGGUACAUCAACGACAUGAAGAGGAGGCACGAGCAUGCGGUCCGGCUCCAGGAGAUUCAGUCUCUGCUCAUCAACUGGAAGGGGCCGGACCUGACCACCUAUGGGGAGCUCGUCCUGGAGGGCACGUUCCGCGUGCACCGUGUGCGCAAUGAGAAGACCUUCUUCCUCUUUGACAAAGCGCUGCUCAUCACCAAGAAGCGAGGCGACCACUUUGUCUACAAGGGUCACAUCCCGUGCUCCUCCCUGAUGCUGAUCGAAAGCACCAGAGAAUCCCUGUGCUUCACCGUCACCCACUACAAGCACAGCAAGCAGCAGUACAACAUCCAGGCCAGAACAGUGGAGGAGAAACGGAGCUGGACUCACCACAUCAAGAGGCUUAUCCUGGAGAAUCACCAUACCACCAUCCCCGAGAAGGCCAAAGAAGCCAUCUUGGAAAUGGAUUCCUAUUACCCCAAUCGGUACCGGCACAGCCCAGAGCGCCUGAAGAAGGCCUCCCAGGACGAAGUGUCCGCCCAUGUGAACCAGGGGCGCCGGCAGUCUGAGCCGUCCAGACACCUGCCCAGGCAACUCAGCGAGAAAGCCAGAGCAGGAAUGAAGCAUGAGGGCCUUGCUGGCUCGCUCCUGGACUUCGGGCAGCACCCCUGCGCGUGGGGCCUGCAGUCGGAGGCUGAAGGGGCUGCUGGGCAGGAGCAGGAGGAGGAAGAGGUGGUGGUGGAGGAGGAGGAGGAGGAAGAGCAGGCCUUUCAGGUCUCUCUGGAGGACCUGGAAGGGCAUGAAGGCAGCGAGAAGGGGGCCGGGCCAGAGCCCCCAGGCUCGGAGGAGGAGGAGGAGGAGCAGGAGGAGGAGGAGGAGGAGGAGGAGAGCCUGGCAGUGGCGGAGCAGGGGAAGGGGCGCAGGGAGUCUGAAGGCCCCAAGAGCUGCAGAAGGCCCGGCAGCCGGUCUCCACCCACCUCUGAGAAGUGCAUAAGCUUUGAGUCAGUCUCUUCCCUGCCGGAGGUUGAGCCAGACCCUGAGUCUGGGACGGAGCAGGAGGUGUUUGCUGCCGUGGAAGGUCCCAGCACCGAGGACACAGACACAGAGGCUCCAGAAGUCCUGGAAAUGGAGCUUGAUGCCCACCAGCUGCUGCUGGGGCUGGACCCCCCAGGUGACAUGGUGGACUUCAUGGUGGCUGAGAGCACAGAGGACCCUAAGGCCCUGAGCAGUGAAGAUGAGGAAGAGGAGAUAGAGGUCUCCCACGAGCCUGAGAGCCUCCUACCGCCCUCCGUGCUGGACCAGGCCAGCGUCAUUGCCGAGCGGUUUGUCAGCAGCUUUUCUCGGCGGAGCAGCCUGGCACAGGAGGAUGGCAGGUCCAGUGGAUUCGGGACCCCAAGGCUGACCAGCCGGAGCAACAGUGUGCUCAGCCUAGCGGACAGCGAGAAAGGCCCGGCCCCACAUGGCAGCACCACAGACCCUGGCUCUCAGCUCCCUGUAGAAGUGGACACCAGUGUGGGGGUGGCUGCAGAGAGUGAACCUUCUGCCAAUGGGGCAGAAUCCCCAAGCCCAGUCUACCCAGCGGAGCCAGACAGGUCUUCCUGUAAGAAGGAAUUGAAGCUUUCUUCCCGAGACCGGCUGUUGCUAGACAAAAUCAAGAGCUACUACGAAAAUGCAGAGCACCAGGAUGCAGGCUUUAGCGUCAGGCGCCGGGAGAGCCUCUCUUUCAUCCCUAAAGGGCUGGUGAGAAACUCAGUCUCCAGGAUUAACAGCCUUCCCAGGCCAGACCCAGUGCCCGUGGCUCCGCUGGGGCAUAAGAGACAAGGGGGCUCCCGGGCAGCCUCGUGGGCUCUCUUUGACCUCCCAGGACCAGGCCAGGCGGGUGCUGGAGACUCAGCUCCCAUCACAGAUGCUGAGUUCCGCCCGUCUUCGGAAAUUGUGAAGAUCUGGGAGGGAAUGGAAUCUCCCAAGGGGAGCCCUCCGAAGGGGCCAGUCCAAGGCCAGGCCAAUGGCUUUGACCUGCAUGAGCCCCUCUUCAUCCUGGAGGAACAUGAGCUGGGGGCCAUCACUGAGGAGUCGACUGCUGCCUCGCCAGACAGUGCCUCCCCCACUGAGCACCCCAGCCCGGCCCACCUGGCCCGGGAGUUGAAGGAGCUGGUGAAGGAGCUGAGCAGCAGUGCCCAGGGGGAGCUGGUGACCCCACUACACCCCCGCAUCUUGCAGCUUUCCCAUGUGAUGGACGGCCCUGUAAGUGAGAGAGUCAAGAACAAAGUCUACCAGCUGGCCCGCCAGUACAGCCUCCGGAUCAAGAGCAAGUCAGUGGCAGCCAGGCCAUUGCUGCAGUGGGAAAAGGUGGCUCCCACCAUCCCCCACCUGCAGGAGGAGGCUGAAGCACCAGCAACUGGCCAAGGUAAGAGGAAGCUGGUGCUGUCUCUCUUCAACCAUGAGCAGCCCAUGGCCCUGGAGCACAGCCCACCCAAGUCCGGCUCUGCCCAGGAGACGUCGCCACGACAUUUCUCCUUCAGCCCCUCAGCUGCUAGCCCGAAGACCACCGCGCCUGGGUCCUGGCCCUCCCCCCGAAGCCCCUUUGACAUGGAGACCUUCAAUUGGCCCGACGUGCGGGAGCUCUGCUCCAAGUACACCUCCCAUGAUGAGGCGCUCCAGGCCAAGGGCGGCCGGCCCCGCAGCCUGCCCGUCAACCGGAGCCGCUCGCUGCCGGAGAACAUGAUGGAGCCGCCUCUGUCAGGCAGAGUGGGCCGUUGCUGCAGCCUGAAAGCCAAGAGGGGCCCAGUGGGCCCAGAGGCCGCUCAGCCCCAGCCUCUGGGGGGGCCACCCUCAAGGGGGUCGGAUGGGGAGGAGGCCCUGUAUGUCACCGCAGACCUCACCCUGGAGGACAACCGGCGAGUGAUUGUCAUGGAGAAGGGGCCGCGGCCCAGCCCGGCUGUGGGACUGGAGGCAACCAGCAGGCAGGGACCAAGCUCACCAGCAGCUGUGGAGGGGCAGAGGCAGGGUCAGAAGUUCCAGGAAUCUGCAGAGAAUCGGCCUAAGGAAGAGGGUCCCAGGGACCCUGCGGACCCAAGCCAGCAGGGUAGAGUGAGGAGCCUGAGAGAGAGAUUCCAAGCCUUGAACUCCGUAGGUUGACUCUGAGUCCUGGAGGAGGGAGCAGCCGUGCUGGGGGAUGAGGAACUUUGGCAUCCUUGCCCGUAGCCAGGGCUCCCUGCUCACCUGAGCCCUGCCCGGGGCCCUCAGAAAGGCCGCCCCUGGGAGAGUGCCCUGGUGUACCUAGCAAGUGUCUUCAUCUGCUGUGAACAUGCCGGUGACUUUCCACAGGCCCAGACGAGCCCUUUUUCCCUCUGAGGCCAGUGUAGCCACUUCCCUUGUAUAUAGUUCUUCUCUGGUAAGAAGCCAAAUAUUUCAGCUCACUUCUUCCCAGGGAGAGCAAGCCCUGCUCAGGCCAGCCAGACUGAGGGCCUGACCAUGGGACACACGGGAAGGUGGCCUGGGGAGGCUUUGCUCUUCAACUGUGCCUUUUCUUAGGAUCCAGGCAGGAAUGAGGCCCAUAAUUUAUUGCUUUCCAUCCUGUGGUGUGUUAGUGUGCUCGCCUGUGUGUGUGUUCUGUUGUUGAGUCCCUGCCUGGGAAGAAUGUUGUGGACUCCAUUCAGGUACUUCUGUGGGUUGCCUCGCUGGCCCCUGUGGUUGUCGCUAAUGUAUACACAUUUCAUUAUUUGCCAAUGGUGUAAUAACCACUGCUGACCAACCGA